AGCGGGAGUUGACGUUAACCAUGGAAACGCAGAGCGGGCUGCGGCGUGACCUAGCGGAGCUGGCUGUCAGGUCCCCGCAGCUUAUCUGUCUCCCCGUCGGGGUCGCAGACUUUCUCCCGGCGGGAGCGCCCAGUCUGUUCAUCUGCAGAAAUGCAGCCCUCUGGAUGCCUUUGCAUCGCCUCUUCCCUCGGGUGACUCGAGAGACUGCUGUGUUACAGAAAAUGAUGUGACUUUCAGGGUACUCCUGAGUGAGAAGGAUGAGUCCUGAUGUGCCUCUACUGAAUGAUUACAAAAAGGACUUCCUUCUGAAGCGCUUUCCACAGACUGUUCUUGGAGGCCCUCGGCUCAGAUUAGGCUAUUGUGCACCUCCUUACGUAUAUAUUAAUCAAAUUGUCCUUUUUCUGAUGCCAUGGGUUUUGGGUGGGAUAGGAACACUUUUGUACCAAUUAGGCAUCCUAGAAGACUAUUACACAGCAGCACUCUCAGGUGGACUAAUGCUUUUCACCGCAUUUGUCAUCCAGUUCACAAGUUUAUACGCCAGAAACAAAUCAUCAACGGUAGAAAGAAUGCUAAGCACAGAUAUCUUAGCAGAGGAAGAUGAGCAUGAAUUUACAAGUUGUACUGGUGCUGAGACUAUCAAAUUUCUAAUUCCUGGGAAGAAAUAUACAGCCAAUAUGGUUUUUCAUUCUGUUCUUGCUGGGUUAUUGUGUGGUCUUGGAACGUGGUAUCUGCUCCCAAAUAGGAUAACCUUGCUGUAUGGCAGUCCAGCAGGCACUGUUCUGCUGUUUUUCUUUGGAUGGAUAACAUUAUGUACAGGAGAAUAUUCAUUAAUUGUAAACACAGCCGUAGAGACUGCAACUUUUCAAACCCAGGAUACUUAUGAAAUCAUUCCUCUUAUGAGACCUCUUUAUAUUUUUUUCUUUGUUUCUAUAGAUCUUGCAUACAGGUUUAUGGUAAAUAUACCAGCUCUAGAACAAAUGAAUCAGAUUUUACACAUCUUGUUUAUAUUUUUACCCUUUCUGUGGGCACUAGGGAUUCUGCCCCCACCCGAUGCGCUUUUCUUAUGGUCAAUGGAACAGGUUUUAGCGUUUGGCCUUGGCGGCUCAUCUAUGUCAACCCAUCUACGAUUAUUAAUAAUGUUCAUCAUUUCUGCUGGAACAGCUGUAACAUCGUAUUUCAUUCCCAGCACUGUUGGAGUGGUUCUUUUCAUGACUGGACUUGGGUUCUUACUGAGUCUUAACCUAAGUGAGAUGGGUUUUGUCUUCAAACACAGUGUAAUUGGACACAGAGUUGGAAUCAAAUCUAAGACUUUACCCCUUGGUUCAGAAAAACAGUUUUCUUGGAAGGAAUGCCUCUUCUACGUCAUUAUAUUAGUCUUGGCUCUCUUAGAAAGUAUUUUGCUGCAUCACUUUGCUUGUUGUUCACAGAUUUCCAAAACCAGCUCCCAGGCUAUUGUUGGCUAUGUUUUGAUGAUAUUACUUAUAGUACUAUGGAUACUUAGAGAAAUUCAAAGUGUCUAUAUCUUUGGAAUUUUCCGAAACCCUUUCUAUCCAAAGGAUGUGCAGACUGUGACAUUCUUAAAAAAGCAAGCAAGGCUCAUGAAGAUUGGUGUUGUCAGACGGAUUUUGCUAAAUCUAGUGUCACCUUUUGCUAUGAUAGCAUUUCUUUCAUUGGACAGUUCCUUACAAGGGCUCCACUCUCUACUUGUCUCCAUUGGAUUCACAAGAGCUUUUAGAAUGGUAUGGCAGAAUACAGAAAAUGCUUUACUGGAGAUAGUCAUUGUAUCCACAGUGCACUUGUUGACCAGUAUAGACACAUGGUGGAACAGAAGCCUGAAUACAGGAAUCAGACUCUUACUAGUUGGUAUCAUGCGUGACCGUCUGAUUCAAUUCAUCUCUAAAUUGCAAUUUGCUGUGGCUGUACUUUUAGCAUCAUGGACAGAGAAAAAUCGUAGACAAUCAACCACCACUUUAUGUAUACUCAACAUUGUUUUCUGUCCAUUCUUGUUGGUUUUCAUAGUUUUUUCCACACUACUCUCUUCUCCCCUACUCCCCCUCUUCACCCUUCCUUUGUUCCUGGUGGGGUUUCCCCGACCUGUUCAGACUUGGCCAGGAGUGGUGGGCACUGCAGCCACUGUAUGUGCAGAUACAGUGUACUACUACCAAAUGAUCCCAAGUUUGACCGCUGCACUGCAGUCUGCAAUGGUAGCUGGAAGUUUAGGUCUCCUCUUACCUGGUUCUCACUACUUGGGCCGCUUUCAGGAUCGUUUAAUGUGGAUAAUGAUUCUAGAAUGUGGCUAUACUUACUGCUGUAUUAACAUUAAGGGGUUAGAAUUGCAAGAGACAUCAUGUCAUACUGCUGAAGCUCGAAGAGUUGAUGAAGUUUUUGAAGGUGCCUUUGUACAAGAAGAAUGUGCAAAAAUAUGUUCAAUUAAUAGACACUUUGGAAAUGUCUUAACACCCUGUACUGUGUUGCCUGUGAAAAUCUAUUCUGAUGCCAGGAAUGUCCUCUCUGGCAUAAUAGAUUCUCGUGAUAACUUAAGAGAAUUUAAAGGUGACCUUGUUAAAGUACUUGUGUGGAUACUUGUUCAGUACUGCUCCAGAAGGUCCAGCAUGCAGGAAAAUGUCCAAAAAACUGAAAAUAAAGGGAAAGCAUCCCUAGUAAUCCUGCCUGGUUUGAAUACUUCACCACAAACCAAAUCCCCAGAGGACACAGUUAGUUUAAAUUCAGAAAUUUUAGAUGACUGGUCUGAUGAUGUUUUGGGUGAUGAGCCAACUACCAAAAAAGAAAAUGAAGAAAAAGAUCAAUUAAAAGUUUUGCAAAGUAUAAAUUUGCCUCUUCCAGGAUCAGUAGAAUCACGAGUGGUUGGUGAUCAUUCUAUAGGCAAAUUUACUGAAAAUAGUCUUUACAAAGCAGUCAUAUUGGGAUACCCUGCUAUUGACAAAGGAGCACAAGAAGAUACAGCAUAUAUUCCUCUCAUGGAGUUCAGUUGUUCUCAUUCUCACCUGUUAAGCGUACCUGAGGAGUGGAGGUCUAACUGUGUGCCAAGUUCCAAAAUGAGGGAGAUGAGCUUAUUGUUUCCAGAAGACUGGUACCAAUUUGUCUUAAGGCAGUUGGAAUGUUUCCCUUCAGAAGGAAAUGUACUGGAAGAAAUUGCAAAGGACAGAGUUUUAAAAGACUUUUAUGUUCAUGCAGUAAUGACUUGUUACUUUAGUUUAUUUUGUGGAGACAAUAUGGAUCCUAGUCCUGGUCAUAUAUUGAGAGUUUUCAAUGGUGUUUUGCCUUGGUCUCUUGCCCUUGAUUGGAUGACUGAAAAGCCAGAACUGUUCCAGCUAACACUGAAAGCUUUCAGGUAUACUCUGAAACUAAUGAUUGAUAAAGCAAGUUUAGGUCCAAUAGAAGACUUUAAAGAGCUAACUAACUACCUUGAAGAAUAUGAAAGCAACUGGUACAUUGGUUUGGUAUCUGAUGAAAAGUGGAAGGAAGCAGUUUUACAAGAAAAACCAUACUUGUUUUCUCUAGGGUAUGAUCCUAAUAUGGGAGUUUACACUGGGAGAGUACUUACCCUUCAAGAAUUAUUGAUCCAAGUUGGGAAGUUAAAUGCUGAAGCUGUUAGAGGUCAGUGGGCCAAUCUUUCUUGGGAAUUGCUUUAUGCCACAAAUGAUGACGAGGAACGUUAUAGUAUACAAGCUCAUCCACUAUUUUUAAGAAACCUCACAGUACAAGCGGCUGACCCUCCCCUGGGAUAUCCAAUUUAUUCUUCAAAACCUCUCCAUAUACAUUUGUAUUAGAGCUUAUUUUGACUUGUAUUGUCAUCAAAUGGGAUGUCUUUAUUUUUUCAUUCUAGAAGAGUAACUGGGUGAUUUUGCAAACUUCACCGACCUUCCCUCUCUCUUCCCAAAAGUCAGAUGCCUGGGAAAAGCUAAGCUCUAUAAGUUGAUUCUCUUAGGUAUCUUAAGGGGGGGUGGGAAGGACUUUGUCUAUCAUAAAAGUUAGAACUAUUGGCCAAUAUUUGUGCCCUAUGGAUUGUGGUAGGCUUUGUUAAAUAUGAAGCAUUUGUAUAUAAUUAGAAAAUGACUUUUUAAUGCUUUCUUAAAUGUGUGAUAGGUGACGUGACUUACAAAAGUCAACAACUAUGUAAUUUUUACAUACUUAAAAAGAUAUUCCUAUCAGUGUUUUUAAGUAAUGAUAACGGUGCUAUUAAAAGUUACAUAAUGUAUAUAUAUUUAUUUAUUUGAAAUGCAAUUAAAUUUUAUAGUAUUUUCAAA